UCUGACAACUAGAUUCAUCUUUUUUCGCGCACCUUGUUCUGGGGAGUUGGCGCGACAGCCAGUGUGCUUAAUUUAUUCUGUUUUAACGAUUUUAGAAAUGGAUUUUCAGAAGCCGAAAAACGGAUGUCCGACGGCCACAUCAUCUAAGCUGUCAAAUGGUUAUAUUUUACCUGAAGGUAAAAUGACACCAAACACCCUUUUUGUUGGAGGAAUCGACAUGAAGGUGGAGGAGAACGAAAUCCGUGACUUCUUUGCGAGAUUUGGUGCUGUUAAGGAAGUUAAAAUAAUCACUUACCGUGGAGGCAUCUGCAAAGGAUAUGGAUUUGUUUACUUCAGUGAAGAUGUCGACAUCCAAAACAUCGUUGAACAACAGAUCAGUUUUAAAGGGAGGAGACUGAAGCUGGGUCCAGCAAUCAUGAAGGAAAGGAGCUCGCGUUCCAUGCAGUCUCACUUGGUUGGUCCAGCCCCUUGGAUCAGCCCCUCCCAGUAUGUCUACUGCACCUGCUGCUCUCCUGUGGGAGGGGGCAUGGCACAGCCAGCACCUAUAGUCAGUGGAGGAAACCCUUACAUUCAGCCGUACUCUUACAACAGCCUUCAAGGUCUCAUGAUCCCACAGAUGCCCAUGAGCUACUCCCAAACAGCCUACGCAUACCAGUACGCCUCACCACACUGGAGCGGCGAGCAGAGGACACGUCUCGUCAACCAGACCUUUGUGGACUGUGGAGUCCAGACUCUGCUGACCCUACUCUAGUCCACAGUCCAGUGACCCUCAUGCGUUACCAGGCGGCGACCUGGCCCAGUCUGCACAAAAAAAAGGCGUUUGGAGAGCUAGAAGAAACGCAGACUUUAAAAAUGAACAUUUCCAGGAUGCUUUCUCUUGGACAUCCGUCGCUAGCUUUGAGACGUGUUUUAACACAAGACCGCAGCGGCUAAACACUGAUGGGCGUGGUCACUGGCAGAUGCUCUAUGAUUGGCUAGGACCACGGCCCUGGUGCUUUGACCUGCUUUUAAACUAACUCAACCACUCUCACACAGGGAGGAGAGGCUGUCAUUUUGGAGUUCAAGGCACAUGGCAAUUUAUGGUGUCACCAUUUGUUUGUUUUUGUGAAUUUAUUUCUAUUGUUAGUUUUUUUUUUUCGUUGUCUAUAGCCAAAAUUAUUUUAAGCUUACCUGUUCCUAUUUAUAUUGUUUGACUACUUAUGUAAAAAAAAUAUAUGUUGGUUUGUUUGGUUUUUAAGUUUUGUUUGGACCUCUGCACAUUUGUGUUACAAGAAAUGUAUCUUUAGAACAGAGUUUCCCGAUGAUUAAGUUCUACUUUAACUUCCAUCCCCAUAUUCAGAUUAGGAUAAUCUGGUGCAUAUAAUUAUGAGGCGGAAUUGGGCACAGAAUUCGCUCAUCUUUUCGGGGACGGCUUUUUUCUUGGGGCUCUAAUUCUUGGCCUUUUUGUUUGUUUUCUGCUGUCUUGG